AUGGGAGUGUCGGUCCUCUGUGACCAGAUUCGUCCAUGUUACAUCAAGUUGUUUGGAUUUUCAGACCGGGACGUAGGAGGCUUUGGAGAGUAUUACACAAAACCUAGUCUUCUCUCCGCCGGUAGCACACCGUUGAACUUCUCACUGGCCCUGUACGUCAGUAGCCUUAAUGGGAAUGUAGUCAUCAACCAAAGCAAAUGGACGGACCCUAGUAUCAAGGAUGAACUCGAUGGCCUCGACACCGAAUCGAGCGAAGUGAAAGAUGGAUACUGCCAGCGGCUGUCAAUGUUGGUUCUCGCAUUUGGAGCGGCAGUUGGAAGGCAUGGACUGGCAUCCGCGGCCCUCGGGGGCAUUAUCAACAUGAUUCAGCAUAUCACAACACCAGGAAACAUCGACUAG